AUGGCAUUUCCUAUUUUACUCCUUCAUCUUACUUUUUUCACCUUCAAUAUUUUCUCUUCUCAUUCUCAUCCUCAUUCUCAUGCUGACAGAAUCAUUUCCCUCCCUGGACAACCUCACAACACAGCCUUUCAACAAUUCUCAGGCUAUAUCACUGUUGAUAACAAAAAACACAAGUCACUUUUUUACUAUUUUGCUGAAUCAGAAACUGACCCUUCUUCAAAGCCUCUUGUUCUUUGGCUCAAUGGUGGACCUGGCUGUUCUUCUCUUGGAGUUGGUGCAUUCUCAGAAAAUGGUCCCUUUAGACCAAAUGGUGAAUUUCUUAUCAAAAAUGAACAUAGUUGGAACAAAGAGGCAAAUAUGCUGUAUUUGGAGACACCAAUUGGAGUUGGUUUCUCUUAUGCAAAAGGUAGUUCUGCUUAUACAACAACAGUGAAUGAUGAGGAAACAGCUAGGGACAAUCUUGUUUUCUUGGAAGGUUGGUUUGAUAAGUUUCCUCAAUAUAGAAACAGAGAUUUGUUUCUAACUGGUGAAAGUUAUGCAGGUCAUUAUGUUCCUCAACUUGCUAAGCUUAUGAUUGAAAUGAACAAGAGAAACAAGAUUUUCAAUCUCAAAGGCAUAGCUUUGGGGAAUCCAGUUCUGGAAUAUGCAACUGAUUUCAAUUCAAGGGCUGAAUUCUUUUGGUCACAUGGACUGAUAUCAGAUUCAACUUACAAUAUGUUCACUAGAGUGUGUAAUUACUCUCGCUAUGUUAGCGAGUACAAUAGAGAUUCAGUUUCAUCUGUUUGUUCAAACGUUAUGGGAUUGGUGAGCAAAGAAACUAGUAGAUUUGUGGAUAAAUAUGAUGUGACUCUUGAUGUCUGUAUUUCCUCUGUGUUGUCACAAUCUAAGGCUAUUUCUCCUGAACCUCAACAAGCAAAUGAGAUGAUAGAUGUGUGUGUGGAUGACAAGGUUACAAACUACUUAAACAGGAGAGAUGUGCAAGAAGCACUUCAUGCAAAGCUCGUCGGAGUUCGCAAGUGGGAUGUAUGCAGCAAUGUUUUGGACUAUGAUGUACUUAACUUGGAAGUGCCAACACUUCCUAUUCUUGGAUCACUGAUAAGAGCUGGAAUUAAGAUCCUAAUUUACAGUGGAGACCAAGACUCAGUAAUUCCACUAACCGGAAGCAGAACCUUAGUUCAAAAAUUGGCCAGACAAAUAGGACUGAAUACAACAGUCCCUUACCGAGUCUGGUUUGAAAGACAACAGGUUGGUGGAUGGACUCAAGUGUAUGGAAAUAUUCUCUCAUUUGCCACAGUGAGAGGUGCAGCACAUGAAGCUCCUUUCUCACAGCCAGAAAGAUCACUCGUGCUAUUCAAAUCAUUCUUGGAAGGAACCCCUUUGCCUGAAGUUUUCUGA